AGAAAGCCCAUAACCACAUACAAAACCCUACUCCUUUUGCCUCAUUUACAAACCCUAACUCAUUUUCUAUCUCGGGCACCUUUCUCCUCCUCUAGCUCUCGCACAGAUCGUAAAAAAUGCCGUUCAAGAGAUUCGUUGAGAUUGGAAGGGUGGCUCUCGUCAACUACGGCAAGGACUACGGGAAGCUUGUCGUCAUCGUUGAUGUCAUCGACCAGAACCGGGCUCUUGUGGAUGCCCCUGACAUGGUGCGGAGCCAAAUGAAUUUUAAAAGGCUGCAACUUACUGACAUCAAGAUUGACAUCAAAAGGGUUCCGAAGAAGAAGACUCUUAUUGCUGCAAUGGAGGCUGCUGAUGUGAAAAACAAGUGGGAAAACAGUUCAUGGGGAAGGAAGCUGAUUGUGCAGAGGAGAAGGGCCUCACUGAACGAUUUUGAUAGGUUCAAGCUAAUGUUGGCUAAAAUCAAGAAAGCCGGCGUUGUCAGGCAGGAGCUUGCAAAGCUUAAGAAGGAGAUCACAGCCUGAGAAGUUAUAAUUUCUUGAUGUUAUGAUUUUCACUUAGGUUUAUAAAGAAGUUGUAUUGGUUUAUUA